UCGCAGUUCGCUUUUAGCUCUUUGAGUUUGCGCAGGUGACGCUGAACGCGAAGUGGAAGUGGAAUUGUGGUGCCGGCACGAAUUUCGCGUGUGCUGCUCACCACUCGAUAAUAGCAAUAAUAAAUUAGUUUCAAACAAUUCACUCGGAGAUUAUGCUGCAGCAAUGCAUUGUCAAGGCACCGACCGGUGCUCUGGGCUUGAAUUUGAGUCGUGCUCCCUGGGAUCCGUAUCCGUGGGUCAGCGGUGUGCAGAGCGACUCGAAUGCCCAAUUGGGUGGCAUUUGCAUCGGAGAUACCCUGUUGCAGCUGAAUGGCCGAGAUGUCCUGGGCCUGCGGAUCAGCGAGCUGGCCAAGCGACUGCGCGAGCAUUGGCUAACAGGCGCUGAUCACGUGGUCAUGCUGAUGUGGCGACAGCAGCCGACGACAGCUGAUUCACAGGAGGCGGCACAUGUUGAGCAGCACGGCAUUAAUCAACAAUCGCUGCAAAAGUUUGCCACAUGCUUGCAACAUAUUGCUCAACUGCUGGAGUGUCCCGUCUGCUGUGAUGUGAUAAAGCCACCUGGCUGGCAGUGCUGCAACGGGCACGUGCUAUGCAAUAAUUGUCGCAAUCGCUCCGAAAAAUGUCCGGUCUGCCGAGUGCCACUGGGACCCCGCGGACGCUGCCUGCUGUCGGAUAAAUUAUUUACGCUGCUCGCCGAGAAUUUCCCCUGUGACGGCGUGAAAUCCGUUAAGAAUGAUGCGAUGGCCAACAGCAAAGGCAACAACAGCAACAACAACAAUGGCAGCAAUGGCAGCAAGUGCACAAAUGAAUAUCAUAAUCAACCAAAAAUGGCAUUGGCCAAAUCGAAUGCGAGUAAAAAGUGCAAGAAGGCGGGCAAGCUGCAGAUGCAGCUGCAGCUGGGCGUGGCAGGGGAGGGCGUGGGGAAGCGGCCGGCAGAGGAGGUUAGGGCAAUGCCAGUGGGAAAUGAGGGAAGUGCGCCAGUAGAAAAUAAUGUCAACGUGAUAAAAGAGCUGAGGGUGGAAAGUGUCCUGAAGGAGCAACAACAGAAACAGCAACAGGACCAAAAACAGCAACAACAACAACAACAGCUGGAGGAUGGCAACAAUAUGCUCGUUAAACCAAAGUUCAAGUUGAGUAAGAAAAGUUGGCAGAUUACAGACGAAGAUCAAGACGAAUUGCACAGCAAUGAAGUUGCAAACAUAAAUAAUGGGCAAGAGCGCGCACUGGAAGUUGGUCUGGGUCUGCGACUGGCUUGGGGUCCGGGGCAGGUGUUGGGCCCAGAAAAAUAUCAAAAUUAUCAUUGCCCAACUGGGAAAUCAUGCAGCAAACAGCUGAAACUUUUCCAGCCAGCGCCGAGCGGCGGCAACAAAUUGUCAACUGCAGCGCAGCGGGAGCAGCGGGAGCAGCGGGAGCAGCCGGAGGCGGGCGCCUUGCCAAAGACAUCAGCAGCAAUGAAACUGCCGUUAGACGCGACGGAGUGCCUGCUGCAGCAUCUGCGCGCCGAGCACGGCUUGGGCACGCUCCUCAGCUCGGGCACGCUGGGUCAGCGCUUGCAUCUGCACGUCCAGCCGGAUGCACAGAUCUGUCUGCGCCUGAGUGAGCUCUCAGCAGGCGCACAGGUGACAGAGCACAGCUUCUUCUUGGCCAUGCUGGGGAUCAGCUCGAAUCGCUACGCGGUCUUCCUCUGGCAUCUCGAUGGGGAGCAGCAUCAGUUCCACACCAGCAUCGAGUCGCCGUGCAAGCAGCUCAAGUGGUUUGGACCUGCUCAGCCGCUGACGCGCAGCUGGUCAGAGAUAAGCGCCACAGGUGAGUAUCUCACCUGGCUGGACAAGGGCGAGCACAAUUGCAGAGGAUUCGAUAUUAUCGUUAAGCGAAAAUAGAACCUAGAAACAGACAUUUUAAUUUUUAAUAAAAAACACAUGUGAUGA